AUGAAGUUAAGAAAGAAAUUAUUCAAUGCAACAUGGUUUCUAUGGAGGAAUAUGAGGUUGACACAGAGGUUGAUGAGAUUAACCUCUGCUAUGGUAGAAGUCUCAUUUGCUGAUAAAGUGCAACAAAAUGAGGAAACUGAUUCCUCUAAAGUCAAGAAGAAGGCAAAUGAGAAAGAGAUUAAGGACCCUAAGCCUAAUACCGGUAAAACAAAGGAGUCAUCACAAUCAUAUGCAGUUAAGUAUGAUAUUUUGGCUCAUCUUAAGCACAUCCCCGCUCCUUUAAGUGUCUAUGACACUUUACAAAUGUCAAGAGAGCUUAGCAAAGCACUUGUAAUGGCUUUAAUGAGUCCGGAUCUAUACAAGUCAUGUUUCAAAUCAGCGGAUGUACACAACUGA